GGAUUAUUGAUGUGCAAAACAGCCCGCCACAUUGUACAAUGCGUUUGCAGUUGAUCUAAGUGGAGUAAACGAGUCUUUCUCACUCCAGUCAUACUCAUUACAGUUGAUGUGGACGCCUCCAGUGUUGCAAACCCCGAAUCCCUUCCCCGUGUCGAAAAGUUAAGAGGUUCCCAAAACAUGAGUUCGAAGCGCAGAAGCGGCCCUGCAGGCUCGCCCGACGACUUUGCGGACACGCCAGAUCCCAAGCGACGCAAGCGUAACGACCAGGACACGCAUUUCCCUGAUGUCGAGAGUCCAGAAACCACAACUGAAAUCGGACUGAAACUCAUCAGCUCGCUCAAAAAGUCUCAAGACAAGAAUGGUCGCAAUGUCGCCGUCCAUUUUAUCGAUCUGCCCGACAGGGAUGAAUACCCUGAUUACUAUCAGGCAACCGCAAUGCCGCUAUCUUUGAAUAUGAUAGAAGAACGGCUGAAGAAGUUGGAAUAUGAGAAUCUGGAAAUAUUGGAGUCGGACUUGAAACGGAUGGUACAAAAUGCUAAGGACUACAACCACUACAAGUCCAACAUCUUUGAGGAUGCAGAACGUAUCCGCAAGGCACUGUCCAAUUUCAUGCCAAAACACAAUCCCGCAUAUCUACGGUCAGACUAUCGAGCAUAUCCAACGCCCAUACCUGAUCACCUUGACCAGCAAAAUGACACCUCGACUCCCUCAGAACCGUCCGUGCCAACCGAAAAGGUGAAAUUAAUCUUCUCAAACAAGAGGCGCCAGAGCGAGGCGAGGUCAACUCCUGGCGUACAGAAGACCAACUUGAAAGAGGACCAGUUAAACUUCCUCAAGGAGUUAUCAGAGCAAGAAGAUGCCAUCAAUUUCGAGGAGAGGGUUUCGAAGAAAGAUUAUCCCGACUAUUACAAAGUCAUCAAGAAGCCCACCUCUAUAUCAGAUGUGCGAGAUCUGGUGGAAGGCGAUGCAAUUCAGGAUUGGGAUGCACUUGCAAGGGAAGUGCGGCUGAUCUGGGAUAAUGCAAAGGAUUACAAUCAAGAGGACUCAGACAUCUAUAGCAUGGCCGAGAAGCUCGAGGGCUGGUCCGAAGAUACCAUGCAAUCGCUCGGUGCAGCACCACGAAGGAACUUCAAGCUAUCACUAUCUCAGCCAACCAAACCGAAAGCUCUGAAAUUGAAGCUGGGGUCAUCCACGCCGACGCCGAAUAUAGCUGGAGGCACGGUAGACAAUGACUCGCUCAAACGGCAGAAAGAAGAAAUGGGUGAAGCACUGAACAGAGCUCGCCGAGCAAGUUCAAGAGGCACGCAAGUCAAUGGCUCCACGCCCGCGCCUUCUGAUGCUGCCAUCAGUGUUCGACGUAGUGUGUCGGUGGCUGCAGAGCAACCAGACGCCACAAUGACCGAAGCCGACGGGACAGGCACUCCUCAACCACAACUAUCUUCUAAAACACCUCAGCCUUCUGGAUCAGUGUCGGCACCAACGCCUGUAAGGGAAAUGGACACUCCGGCACCUGGAGCACCCCUCACGAACGGUGUCCGCAGCCACGAGUCAGCAACACCGCAAACUACUCGUGGAAACGCCUACGAUUCGAGCCCAAUACCUUUCGAGCGACAGUACCGCGACACAGGGAAAGGUCUGGAUUCAGCACUUUUAGGGUCUGUCAUCUUCAUGACCAACCCGAACACUCCCAAUGAUCCCAAAUGGAACCUCACGCGGCGAGCAUCAGCAGCACGAACACAAACGUCUGCGUUUAUCACGCUGCCUUACAAUUAUCGCGACGUUCGCAUCAUUCCUCUCACGACGCCCGAGUUCAAAUCGCGCACGAGACAUCGGGUGAUUGUCAUGCAUAAUAUGCAUGUCUUCCGGGAACCAAACUCGACGGUCGCGGGUGCGUACGAUUUCCAACUUGCGCCUGGAGAGAAUACUCUGUCGGUGGAAGUGUUGGCGGAUUUGAAGGACGGUGAGAGGAAGGAUUAUGCCGGCCCGCAGUUGCAGUUCGAUUUUGAGAAGUGUACCAUGAUUGUCAAUAUUAGUACGCAGAUGGCCUAGUCACUACUGACCGGUCGAUUGAUUGCGUGUUUAGGGGGAAUGAAAUCUCCCAGUUCACAUUUAAUUCUUGUGGAAGCCUUGGUACUGCGAAUCAAAUUGCAUGAGCAUUAUUCUUUUCGCUGUUCAGGGGAUCAUGAGUGGUAUUGGAGGAGCCGCUUCUUUCGAGAUAUAUGUGGUCACAAUGUCAGUGUCCAGGAGAAAAUACAAAUUA